GCCGUUCAGUGAUGUAAAGCGGUUCCUCCCACGCGGCGCACCUGAGCAGUGUGUCUGAAAGCACUCCCAACUUAGUGUGAGUCUUUCCAGCCCUCAGUGUGAAGCUUCCACGCGGAUCAUCCUUCAUACAUCCUAUCAAGACCAAUCUACUCAAAAAGAUCUGAAAGACAGACGUUUAUCUGUGACUUUCCAGGAUUGUCGGAGUGCGUCAGGAGACGGAGAGCUGAGCUGCUCUGUCAGACAUGGGGUAGAUCUUCCCCCUCCAAAAGUCGGGAACAUGGAUGCGGAUGUAUCGAAUUAAACAAGGUUCACUUGAUGUUUGGCUGAAGAAGACGCGCAGAAAAGUUGCCCAUGUCGACGAGGUUUCAGGAUGAAGAACCUGAGCGAGCUGAACAGCACCGCGCCUCCGCCGCCGCCGCCGCUCAUCACCGUGCGCAACUUCCCGGCGCUCAUAUUCGGCAUUCUUCUCAUCAUAGUCAUCAUCUGCGGCAAUGUCCUGGUCUGUCUUAGUGUUUACAGGGAAAAGGCUUUAAAGACCACGACCAAUUAUUUUAUCGUGAGUCUGGCUGUAGCUGAUCUUCUGCUGGCUGUCUUAGUGUUGCCGCUGUUCGUUUACGCCGAGUUUCAGGGUGGUGUCUGGUCCUUGGACAUGGUCGUCUGUGAUGGGUUGAUGGCUAUGGACGUGAUGCUUUGCACAGCCUCUAUAUUCAACCUGUGUGCGAUUAGCAUUGACAGGUUCAUCGCAGUGUCCAUACCGUUGAACUACAACCGACGGCAUGUGGACCAUCGGCAAAUCACUUUACUCUCAGGCACCUGGCUCCUUGCCCUAGCUGUGGCCUCCCCUAUCAUUUUUGGCAUAAACAAUGUCCCGAACCGUGACCCGACAGUGUGCAAGUUGGAGGACGACAACUAUGUGGUUUACUCUUCCGUCUGUUCUUUUUUCAUCCCCUGUCCCAUUAUGCUCCUGCUGUACUGCGGGAUGUUCCAUGGCCUCCGCCGCUGGGAGGAGGCCCGUAAGGCCAAGCUGAAGAAGAGCAUCCAGGCCUGCCGUAAGCUUCAGCAUGCUGCCGCUGCCGCUGCUCUUCCACCGCUGGCAGCCUUGCCAUCUCCUAUGCCCGUGUUGCCUCGUGUCAUCCAGCAAGACCUGGCUCAGUGCAACGUGGACGAGCUCGAUGACGACAUGCAGCCCAGCUGCCCCUUACCGCCGGAGUACAAUAACAGCACCAUUCAGACUGUUGCUUAUGCCGCGAUUCAGAACACAGGCCAAAAAAGGAAGCGUGCGAAGAUCAAUGGCAGGGAGCGGAAAGCCAUGAAGGUCCUACCUGUCGUUGUGGGUGCCUUCCUUUUCUGUUGGACUCCAUUCUUCGUGGUUCAUACGACACGGGCCCUCUGCGAGACAUGUGAAAUCUCACACUACCUAAUGAGCACAGUGACAUGGCUGGGUUACGUGAACAGUGCGCUGAACCCCAUCAUCUACACCGUCUUCAAUACGGAGUUCCGCAGGUUUUUCCACAAGUUUCUACAAAGCACAUGCUGUUACUCGGCUAGAAGAAUGGAUGAAACUAUAAUGAUGCUAUGAACUAUUGUAACGAAUGAGCAUGUUGGAUUAAAAAAAAAACAACAACACACGUUUGUAUGCACGUUUAUAAAGCGGUGCCAGUUAUUAUGUACGCCGGCAAUGAAGCUAUGCAGACUGGCCAUUUUAUCAGGUUCACCUACCAAAAAUAAUGUAUUUGAUGGUAUGCAGAAUAUGUCAGCUGCCCUAUAAAUAUUAUUCUCAGUGCAGCAAUGGUAAUGGUCUUGUGGUAGUAAUAUACAAUAAUGCAGCAGGGGUGAAAAGGGAGCUGACGACUGUUCAAAUAUGUGGAAGGUUUACCUGAUAAAAUCGAUAAA